ACCAAGACCUAAACACCUCCUCCACCGUGCCCUCAGUUAGGACAUCUCCCUCCUCAGAGCUUCCGUGCCCCAAAGAAGCACCAUGACUUGUGGAUCUUACUGUGCUGGCCGCGCCUUCAGCUGCGCCUCGGCCUGCGGGCCCCGGCCCGGCCGCUGCUGCAUCACGGCCGCCCCCUACCGCGGCGUCUCCUGCUACCGCGGCCUCUCCGGGGGUUUCGGCAGCCGCAGCCUCUGCGGGGGCUUCCGCGCCGGCUCCUGCGGCCGCAGCUUCGGAUACCGCUCCGGCGGCGUGCGCGGGCCCAGCGCGCCCUGCAUCACCACCGUGUCGGUCAACGAGAGCCUCCUGGCGCCCCUCAACCUGGAGAUCGACCCCAAUGCGCAGUACGUGAAGCAAGAGGAGAAGGAGCAGAUCAAGAGCCUCAACAACAGGUUCGCUGCCUUCAUCGACAAGGUGCGCUUCCUGGAGCAGCAGAACAAGCUGCUGGAGACGAAGCUGCAGUUCUACCAGAACCGCAAGUGCUGUGAGAGUAACCUGGAGCCGCUGUUCAGCGGCUACCUCGAGACGCUGCGGCGGGAGGCCGAGCGAGUGGAGGCCGACAGCGGGAGGCUGGCCUCGGAGCUCAACCACGUGCAGGAGGUGCUGGAGGGCUACAAGAAGAGGUAUGAGGAGGAAGUUUCUCUGAGAGCGACAGCUGAGAACGAGUUUGUGGCUCUGAAGAAGGACGUGGACUGCGCCUACCUCCAGAAGUCAGACCUGGAGGCCAACGCGGAGGCGCUGACCCAGGAGGUCGACUUCCUGAGGCGACUCUAUGAGGAGGAGAUCCGUGUUCUCCAAGCCCACAUCUCGGACACCUCGGUCAUCGUCAAGAUGGACAACAGCCGGGACCUGAACCUGGACAGCAUCGUGGCUGAGAUCAAGGCUCACUACGACGACAUCGCCAGCCGCAGCCGGGCCGAGGCUGAGAGCUGGUACCGCACCAAGUGCGAGGAGAUAAAGGCCACGGUGGUCCGGCACGGGGAGACCCUGCGCCGCACCAAGGAGGAGAUCAACGAGCUGAACCGCCUGAUCCAGAGGCUGACCGCCGAGAUCGAGAAUGCCAAGUGCCAGAACUCCAAGCUGGAGGCCGCCGUGGCCGAGGCCGAGCAGCAGGGCGAGGCGGCCCUCAGUGACGCCCGCAGCAAGCUGGCCGGGCUGGAGGGCGCCCUGCAGAAGGCCAAGCAGGACAUGGCCUGCCUGCUGAGGGAGUACCAGGAGGUGCUGAACUCCAAGCUGGGCCUGGACAUCGAGAUCGCCACCUACAGGCGCCUGCUGGAGGGCGAGGAGCAGAGGCUGUGUGAGGGCGUUGGCUCCGUGAAUGUCUGCGUCAGCAGCUCUCGCGGUGGCAUCGUCUGUGGCGAUCUCUGCGCCUCUGGUGCUGCCCCUGCGGUCACCACGAGCGUCUGCAGCGCCCCCUGCAGCGGCAACGUGGUGGUGGGCACUGCCAACGCCUGCGCCCCCUGCUCCUGGGUCAGCGCCUCUGCGUUGGCCUCCAGAUCCGACUUGCGGAGGUAGGCGCAGUCCAUGUC